AUGGACUCGUACUCGUCAUUCAGAGAUACGGCGCGCUCGCCGGCUGAUAGAGAGAGAACCGACCCGUUCUAUCGAGGCCGUUCCCCUGGUCACGAACGUUCCCACCGCGACCGACGGCGCUCCCGCUCGCCCGCUGCAACUGAUCGCUACGAGCCCCGAGGCCGGGCCCGUGAUGACUACGGCGGCGGGCGGGAUAGAGAUGACCGUAGGGACCGCCGCAUUAAUUCCCCUCCGGCCAACAUCGACCGCUAUGUCCCAGGACAGGACAACGCUCCACCAGCACUCACGGUGAAUCCUCUGAUGGAUCCGGCCAAGCUUCCAUACCAGGUCGGGUUCUCGUACUUUGGCGAGUGGUGGCGGAUGAAUGAGAAAAUCCGGGAAGAGAAGGAGCGCCAGCGCACGGGUCGUAGGCGAGAACCAGAGAAAACUCGGGGGCCUCGCGAGGUCCAAGAAGAACGCGAAAAGGAAAAGGCCAAGAUCCAGGCCGCCUACGAUUCUUACAAAGAGGAACUCCAGGGAAAGAUGGCGCGCGGUUUCGUCGCCGAGCACAAGAAAGAGCAGUGGUUUCGCGAACGAUAUGUCCCUGAGGUCCGGGACGAAUUCAAAGCGCGGCUCAACGAAUUUCGCCGUGGUGGCUACAGCCAAUGGGAGCAAGACCUUGAAUCGGGCGCCUUCGAUGACUACUCCUUGGAGGGUCUGCCAAAGAGUGAUAGCAACGGGCAAGGGGGUCUCGUCGAGAAGGAGGAAGGCGAGGCGUUGGCUGCCAACGAGAUUCUGGGCGUCGGGGACCUUGUGCCAGCCCAAGGGGCUGACAUUCGGGACGAGAGCCUCUAUCAGCCGACUCUGCUGUUCAAGACCAUUGCCCCUCACGUUAGCCGGCACAACUUGGAGGCCUUCUGCAAGGAGCAUCUUGGAGAGGAGGAAGGCGGGUUUAAGUGGCUUUCGCUGUCGGACCCGAAUCCCAGCAAGCGGUAUCAUCGCAUCGGAUGGGUCAUGCUCCAUCCAUCGUCGGAGUCCGCAGCGCCGGCAUCGGACGGUGCGGAUAUGAAGGACGACGACGGGGAACAGCCGUCCAAGUCGCCGGCUCCGGCUUCGACUGCAGAGAAGGCUCUGGAGCUGAUCAACGGCAAGACUGUCAAGGACGAAUUGCGGGGGGAUUUUACUUGCCAUGUUGGUGUCCACAAUCCGCCGCACUCCCCACGGAAGAAGGCUCUCUGGGAUCUGUUCUCGGCCCCGGAGCGGAUCGAAAAGGACUUGUCUCUGGUUCAGCGGCUCGUUACCAAAUUCGAGGAGGACUUCGGGUCGGACUUCAACGCGAUUCUGAAAAUCGAAGAACGAGUCGACGACCUAAGGACUGCCGGUCGGCUUCAGCCUGCAGUUUCUAUCCCGGCCAAGAAGAAGACCAAGAAGGAGCGCCGGCUCGAUGUGGACGAAGGCAUGCACGACGUCGAGGGAAUGGAGCUGAUGGAGGAAGAUGACGAGGAAGAGGAAGGGGCCGUAGACGAAGACGAGGUUGAUGACGAGGACCUUCUGGUGAAGAAGAAGCAGCUGGAUCUCAUGGUCGAGUAUCUGCGUCGGGUUUUCAAUUUCUGCUUCUACUGCGUUUUCGAGUGCGACUCGGUGCACGAGCUCACACGCAAAUGCGCCGGCGGACAUCUCCGGCGGCCGCGGAGUACGCUGAGCACGUCGGCGAAGGCUGUGGCCAAGGCCAGCGCGCUUGGAGAGCGAUUUCCCGGCAAGAAGCGGGCCGAGCCCGACGAAGAGGGCGAGGUGGCGGAAGGGGGAGAGAAGAAGUUCCGCGGAGCGGGUGGCAAGGCGGAGCAACAGCUGCUACGUGCAUACAACUGGGUCAAGACGUUCGAGGACAAGAUCAUGCAGAUCCUGGAACCCGAGUCGGUAGACAUCCGUAAACUCGGCGGAAAGCCGGUGGAGGAGGCCAUCAACGAGGAACUGGCCAAGCAUGUGAAGCAAGAAGACGAGCAUAAGUUCAGGUGCAAGGUGCCGGAGUGUACUAAGCUGUUUAAGGAAGAGCACUUUUGGCGGAAGCACGUUGAGAAGCGACACACGGAAUGGCUUGAUAGCAUCAAGCAAGAGUUUGAGCUUAUCAACGCCUACGUUAUGGAUCCUUCUCACAUUGCUCCUUCGCGGACCGAUGCCAACUCCAACGGGCAUUUCCCGCCAACCGGUGGGCAAACGGCGGCAGGGACACCUCGCGGGUUUAACCUCAACACUUUCAACAUGAACAGCAUGAUGCCGAUCCCAGGGUUCCCGAUGCCGGCCGGGGGGUUCCCGCCGUUUAUGCCGGGCAACAACACAAUACCGGGUGCGAGCUGGGCCGGUAGCGGCGGCGACCAUCGAGACGGGGCGGGUCCAAUUCGACGGGGCGGGAUGGGAGGAGGACGAGGCAACUACCGCACGGGUCCGUACGACAGACGGCCGAACCAGAGAUGGGACGGUGGUCGUGGGCGAAGCGGCGCGGGUAGAUGGGGCGAUGGUGCAGCAGGAGGUGCAACGGUGGGACCACGAGAGGCAACAAUGGGGCGAAGCCUCAAGAGCUAUGAGGACUUGGACCAUGUUGCUGGCGGUGGGGGUGGUGAGCUGAAUUACUAG